AUGCCUCGCGGUGGCAGAGGCGGCCACGGCGGCCCGCAACCACGCUCCGUCCUCGUCUCCAAGGCCCUAUCUCGCCUCCUCCGUCACGCUGCCGUGGAGGAGCGGAUCCCCAUCGACAACCACGGCUAUGUGCGCGUGGAUCAUCUUCUGGCUUGGCACAGAUUGCGCAGCAUGAAACCCCCUGUCAGUUUUGCGGAGGUCGUCGAAGUCGUUCAAGAGAACGAGAAGAAGAGGUUUGCGUUGAGGUUUGUCGGUCCUGUCACAAAGGAUGAGGUGGUGCCGCCGUCGCCGCCGCCUGGCGAUGCAAACGAGCAAGGACGCGACGGCGAACCCGAACCAGAAACCGAAGGACAAGUUGAAACCACAACUCAGCACGCCAUUUCGCGGUUUGAAGCCACGCCCCUCUCAGACCUGGAUCUAUCGCGGUUCUUCAUCCGCGCGACGCAAGGACACAGCAUGAAGACCAUCGAGGCGGAGGGCCUCCUCACGCCCAUAUCGCUCGACGACCCCGCCAGUGUUCCCGACACGGUCGUCCAUGGCACCUUCUACGGCGCGUGGGAGGAGAUUUUGCGGAGCGGGGGCCUGAAGAGCAUGAGACGGAACCACGUCCACUUCGCGAGCGGGCCAAGUCUGCAGGAGGUUUGGCCCGAAGCGGCAGUCCCCGUAUCGUCCGUAUCGGACGCCGCUCUUGGUGAAGACGGCAGCAGAGCUCCUCGGGCUAAUGGUGACGACGGUGUCAACGAUAGCACCAGUCAUCAAGAUCACGGCAUCAACAGCAGCAGCGACAGCAAUAAAGACAACACUCAACCUCCUAACCAGCACCAAAACAAUCACACUUCCAAUCACGGUCACAGUCACAAAAAUCUACCCGACCUACUAGGCAAGAACAAAGUAAUCUCCGGCAUGCGCCACGACGCCCAGAUCCUGAUCUACAUCGACAUCCGCCGCGCGUUGACCGACGAGCAAGAAAUGAAAUGGUGGCGGAGCGAGAACGGGGUCAUCCUCACAGAUGGGAUUGGGAUAGCCUCUGCCUCAUCUACCGGAAGUGAAGCGGCAGGGGUCGCCGCAGAGAAGAUCGUGCCGACGAAAUACUUCCUCGCGGCCGUAGAAGUCAAGGAAGGGGUCGGCUUGCUUUAUAGCCACGGUGGGGGAGUUGUCAAGGAAUUGCCAGAGAGGUUGAAGAGUAGGGGUCCGCCACGGGGGAAGGGCGGCGGGCCGAGAGGUGCAAGAGGAAGAGGGAGGGGGAGGGGAGCGGACCGGGGCUGA